AUGGAGAUAAAUUUCCGCCCAACAUGUUGCCUGCUUGACCCUAAGCGAAGUUACGUGGUUUUUGAUGUUUUUGAGGGACAGAGCGACGCCCGUCACGUGUCGUACAGGCGUUUCAGGAGGCGGAUCGUCCGGAGGAGCAGCGGAGAGCGGCCUGCCGUGAGCACACCCGUGGCCGCUGGGCGGCGGUGUGAGCCAGCCUUCGCGUUCGACACGGUCUGCCAGAGGCUGGAGCUGGAUUCGCCGCCGGGACACCGGGAGCCGGCCCAGAGACUCCGACGGGGCAGCCCUCGAGUGUUGGUGGGAGGCCUCUCCCACUGUGGGACUGACACACCACUGAACGCAACACGUGCUGUCUCUGCCAGGGGACGACCUGCCACAGAAAAUGCCCCAGAACAGGGAUGGAUGUGGAGAGCUGCAGGUCAAGAGCAUGACGAUACACCUCAGACUGGUUCCAAUGAGAGGAGACAUGAUUUGCGGCCAUUUGCUGUUCUGGACAGAGCUACUGUGAAAGGCCAGGGAAAGUCUGUGAUGAAGUUGGCAGCACCGUCACUGCUGAACGACUACUACACUAAUGUUCUCGACUGCAGUUGUAAUGGUAUGAUUGCAUUAGCACUGGGCUCUUCUGUUUACCUCUGGAAUUCAGAAACUCGUGCUCUGGUGGGAUAUUUGAACCCGAGUCCACAAGCGGGGGGUCCAUACCAUCAGUCCGUCUCAUCUCUGAGCUGGAGCAGAGAUGGCAGAGCUCUCUGCAUCGGCACCAGGCGAGGGGAGAUACAGUUGUGGGAUGUUGACAAUAAGCAGAAUAUGAGGUGUCUACCUUCACACCUUGCUGUGGUCAGAGCCCUUUCCUGGAAACAGCAGCUGCUCAGCAGCGGCUCUGUUCUCGGACGUAUCCAUCACCUUGACCCUCGGGCUCCUGCAGCCCUGGUAGGCGCAGCCGUCCAGAAGGACGGCAUCUGCAGCCUUCAGUGGUCACCAGGAGACGACUGGCUGGCCAGUGGCUCCACAGACGGCCUCCUCCGUAUAUGGGAUAGUGACAUUGCAGGGCUGACAAGGUCAAAACAUCCAGUGACUACAAUGAGACAGCCCAGUGCUGUUAAGGCGAUGGGAUGGUGUCCAUGGCAGAGAAAGACGAUCGCUACAGGAGGGGGGUGGAAAGAUGGAGGGCUGAGAGUCUGGGACAUACAAUCAGGGACUUGUGUGACUUCUGUCGACACAAACUCACAGAUCUGUUCUCUACGAUGGGCUGAAAAGAAGAGAUAUCUGGUCACAGGUCACGGCCUUCCUCAUCACCGAGUCAUCUGCUGGACUGGGGAGUCCCCCCCCCUCAACCCAAUCUACCAGCUCACAGUGGUGUGCCAUGGCUUAGCAGUGGGUCAGAUCUCCUCACAUUACUUCCUCAUCCAGAGACCCGUGUCCCGGUCCAAAGCCCAGGCGUUCUGUCAGAGACACUACGCGGACCUCGCAGUCCUCAACACGGAAGAGCAAUACUUCGCUCUCCUCGAUGGCACCCUUGCAAACAAAGUCAGCUUUUGGCUUGGUCUGCAGUGCAGGGGCGUCUUCAGUGGCUGCACCCGGGUGAACAGGAGAAAUUAGCAAGGCCGCUGUGCAAGCUUGGAGACCAUGUCGGGGAAAGACGAGAAGCUGCUGGCUUGCUACUGUGACGGGCCGCACGUGUUUGUCUGUCAGGGUGAGUGAUGUUUCGUUAUUGUUAAUACAAGUCAGAAACUGGUAAAUACGAUAACUGACAUUAACAUAAUACGUAGAUAUUGUUUUUUGUCUAAGGUGGAUAUUUGAUUUUCAUCACCUGCGCAUGUUUGUGUCUCACAUGAAAAACACACAGAUGCACAUUAUAUAGGUAUACAUAUGCACAUAUACAUUAAUUCCCCUACAUACUGUGUCUCCACAUA